AUGAGUCAAGCUGAGAAGUGGAAAAAGUUUCCAUCUGAGAAACAUCACCCAUUCAAGCCACCCAUAACUAAACCCAGCCCUACAUCUUUUAAGGGCAAGACUCGAGAAGAGACUGCAGGUAAGACCCUCACGAACCACGGAGACACCCAAGGGUGGCAGGAGGCGAGGCCGAGGAGGGCCCCAGGGAAGCCGCACCCCCACAACCGCCGCCUCCGAGUUCACAGCGAGCGGCCGCCCCGGGAGCAGGGCGGGCAGCCGGCCGCGUCCAACCCGGGCAAGCCGUACAGGAGUGGAAUGAGUCCGCCGAGCACACGGCUCGGGAACCAGCCAAACCGGCUGCUGUCACCGCGGCCCCGGCGGGCCGGCGGGGAAGCACGGGCACGUGUGGCGGAGGCUAACUGCGCCCCGCGGGGGUGGCCACCCGCCUCCGCUCCCGGGGCCUCGCCCCACCCUGCCCAGCAUCGCCCCUCCGGCGCUGCCCGCCGCCCUCAGCGUCCCACCGCCACCGCCGUCCCCUCAGCGCCGGCCACGCCGCCCCCGCGCUCCCUCACCGCCCGCCGCCGCCCCGCCGCGGGCACAGCGCGGCGCCGGGACGGGAAGCGGAGGCCCCGAGGCGGGAGACGGCCGGCGGGUCCCCCCCGCCCUCAGACGGCGCCAUCGCCAGCCGGGCAGCGCCGCCGCCCUCCCCGCGCGGGCCCCGCCGGCGGCCUCACCGCUGCCGCCCUCGAUGCUGUAAACAAGCACGAGCACUAA